AACAAACAAACAAUAUUCAACAUAAACAGCGCCUUCUUUCUUCUUCAGCCACCCAACACUCACUCAGUUAUAUAUCAUUAUUUAACAAUAACAAACAGACACAGUUAUGGACCGUCCUACUGGUCGCAACGAGCGUCUCGCGGCCCGAAUUCGCGGAUCGGGCGCCCGUAAAGUCACAGAAUCCAUGUUUUCAAUCUCCUACACGCGAAACGUGACUCCGAAAGCUAUACACAAAGGUGGCAGCCAGACCAUGCUCGAGCUCAACAACGCAAGAAAGACACCGCAGCUGCCGGCUUCUGCUAGCAGCGGGAAGAAAGUCAAAAUCACUCCGCGAGAGAGAUCGUCUGUUCGGAGGUCUACAAAGAGAAGACCUGUGGUAGCGGCAGCAGAUACACCGGCAAAGACUGCGACUGCGACUGCGACGGCAACGCCCGCAUCGUCAAUCAGGAAAGUCAGACGACGCUCUACAGCCGUUUCACAUACACCAGUAGUCGAGGAGGAGAGACCUGAAGAACAGCCUUCAUAUACACCUGCUCUACCGGAUGUUGUUACAGAUCGAGGCUCACGAGAAGAGUCAAUUAGACGUCCUCGAGCCAGCAAUGCCCCCUCCGCAAGAAAAACACCAGCACCUACGAGCAGCCCAAGAAGAGCCCCAACACCAAAGAGCAGCCCAAGAAGAGCUCCAGCACCCAAGAGCAGUCCAAGAAGGAACCCCACUCCGCAACAAAUUCCUGCUCGUCGUGCGCAGCCAACGCAGCCUGUCAGUCGCCCAAAGACGAAAUCAACCACGAAACCGCAAACCUCUCAGAAGGUCAAAAAGGCAGAGCAUGGUGCUAAGGGCGCUCGAGUACUCGCUUUUAAACUCCCAAGAAAAGGCGGCCGUGGAGCAUCUUAUUUAUCUGGAGUCGAUGUCGUUACCAGAGUUACGAUAGAGCAGCUUACAACAGCAUCUCUGGUCCAGCCCGAGGUGUUUAAUCGACGGGUUAUCGAGACGUACACUGAGGAGGUGGAGGCAAGAUUGAUGGCAAUGUGCGAUGCCGUUGACACUCACGGAAUUCUAUCCCGCGCGACAAGGAAAAGCGACAGAAAAGUAUACGAGCUGCGUGAGAGGUUAUUGGAGCUCAGAAGCGACAGGCAAAAGGUCCAAGACCAGAUCACGACCUUGAGAGAAAGCUAUCUGAAGAAGAAGAGCGACCUUAUCAGCGAGGGAUUGGUGCAAGAUGUUUUAGAAGCUGUAGGAAGCGUAAAGACACGGGCAGCUCACGAUGCUGAGUCUACAGAAGAAGAAGCAACGGCAGAGGAUGCGACAGACAAGCGCGUGGGAGUAGUGGCUCAGCUGAGCCGGAUUGCGCCUUUGGUUUGCGGGGAGUACGGUGUUCUUGGACGGCUACGGGAAUUUAAUGAUAUGCUGGAAGCAGUGAAGUAGGCUUUGGAAAUGCCUAUGUAAUACAAUUCAUCUUUCAUAUCAGCUAACUGCAAUAAAUAAGAUAUCUCUGAUUUUGAGAUGCUUCUUUCGGACACCCUAACCCGCAAAUACC